AUGGAAAGGGUGAAACAUCAUCUUGGGAUGAAUAUGGCUUUUGUAGUGGAACAGGUCGGGAUGGGUGGAGGCUUGAUGAUGUUGUGCAAACAUGGAUGGAGAAUGAAUUUGCUAUCGUCUUCAGUAGGACAUAUCGAUGUUAUUAUUCAUUCGCCAAAUGGGGAUGCUUUUCAUGUCACAGGUUUUUAUGGUCAUUUUGAAGUCCACAAUAGAAAACAUUCUUGGGAGUUGCUACGAAGACUGCACCACGGAGUUAAUGGACCAUGGUUGGUAUUGGGUGAUUUCUAUGAAGUUCUAGCAGCGGAAGAACAAAGGGGUUAUAGGGAGAGACCAAUUGGACAAAUGACACAAUUCAAAAAUGCCAUAAGUGACUACUCUUUAAUUUCUUUUCCUUUUAAAGGCUACCCCUUCACAUGGGCAGGGAGAAGAAAUGAAAGUAUCAUGACAGAGGUUCGUUUGGAUAGAGGUUUGGCUAAUGCAGAUCUACUUAACCAAUUUCCUGAUUUGCUGAUCCAACAUCUAGACACUGUGGGAUCUAAUUACAAACCUAUCCUUCUUAAUGUAUCCACUAAUUUGCCUCAGCAACAAGGAAGGAAGAACGCACUCAGAUUCCAGUUUGAACAAAUGUGGGUCCAAGAGGCUAGUUGUAAAGAGGUGGUUAAUGAGGCAUGA